CGCGGACAGAGAUCGAACCGAUAGGUCAAUUCCUCUAUUACAAGCGCCACUUCAGAGAGGUUUUCUCGAUUUAGGACUCGGAAGCAUGCUGUUUGCUCAACACCACGAUGAGCACGAAUCGGGCUUGGCAUGGGGAUAUCAUGCACAGACGGAGCAGCCGGAGUGUAAAGCCUAAUACAUAGCUGUCACGGAUCACCUGGACACGUCUCACUUCUCCAGACCGAGGAAGAAGAAACGAUGCCCUGCUCAAGAAUGUAUUUUCGGGGAGCUUGUGAAAUUGGAGGUAAGGUGAGUGGAGGGUAUUUAAAGUCGCAUAGAUCUCAGUGAUCGUCGUGUGGACAGUCCGCUUUUUUCUGCUCUGGUGCGUUCUUAAACAGGAUCCUCUUUGGCAUUAUGAAGGUCACUUGGUUCCUCUCUUUCCUCUCGCUAGCUUUUGCAACACCAGCACCCGUUGAAAGAGCCGCUGCGCCAACUGUUGUCAUUCCAUCUCCAGGAGCUACAGUCAUCGGCAGAACUUUGUCGUCGAUAGAUACCUUCAAUGGUAUUCCAUUUGCAAAGCCUCCUACAGGCCCCCUCCGUCUAAAACCUCCUCAGCCUCUCACUACUUCCCUUGGAACUGUUACAGCAACAGAAAUUGCCAAAGCAUGUCCGCAAUUCUUCUUCAGCGUCGACGAUAGUAACUUCCCUGCCAACGUGCUCGGAGACAUUCUUAACACUCCGCUCUUACAAACAGUCACCAAUGCUGGCGAAGACUGUCUUACUGUCAACGUUCAGCGACCCGCAGGCACAACAUCGUCUUCUAAACUGCCGGUUCUGUUCUGGAUUUUUGGUGGCGGAUUCGAGCUAGGCUCGACAUCAAUGUAUGAUGGCAGCUCACUCGUCGCGGAAUCAGUAGACCAGGGCAAACCCAUAGUCUUUGUAGCGGUGAAUUACCGUGUGGGUGGCUUCGGUUUCCUCCCUGGAAAAGAAAUUCUCGCGGACGGCUCUGCGAAUCUGGGAUUAUUGGACCAGAGGCUAGGGCUGCAGUGGGUGGCAGAUAAUAUCGCGUCUUUCGGAGGCGAUCCCACGAAGGUCACUAUCUGGGGAGAAUCAGCGGGAAGUAUAUCUGUUCUUGAUCAGAUGGCGCUGUAUAAUGGGGAUAACACAUAUAAAGGCAAACCGUUAUUCAGAGCCGGCAUCAUGAACUCCGGAUCCAUAAUCCCCGCAGAUCCCGUAGACUGUCCCAAAGGUCAAGCUGUCUACGAUACUGUCAUCAAAAACGCCGGCUGCGCUGGAAAAUCCGACACACUCGCAUGCCUACGCUCCGUGGACUACACAACGUUCCUGAACGCCGCGAACUCAGUCCCAGGACUCCUCUCCUAUUCCUCCGUCUCAUUAUCCUAUCUCCCACGCCCCGACGGCAAAACCCUAACCGCCUCUCCAGACGCCCUAAUCGCAUCUGGCAGCUAUGCGAAAAUACCGUUCAUCGUUGGCGACCAAGAAGACGAAGGCACACUCUUCGCGCUCUUCCAAUCCAACAUCAGCACUAUUUCCCAGCUCUCCAGCUACCUGAACACCGUCUUCUUCCCGGCAGCCCCAAAGACCCUCAUCGACGGACUUAUCGCAACUUACCAAACCAUCACCGACGAUGGCUCCCCCUUCCGCACCCUUAUCCUCAACAACUGGUACCCGCAAUUCAAACGGCUCGCGGCGAUCUUAGGCGACUUAACCUUCACAUUGACCCGUCGCGCCUUUCUCGAAGUUGCAGCAACGAAUAAUCCAAAUGUGCCAUCAUGGUCCUACCUCGCGAGUUAUGACUACGGGACCCCGAUUAUGGGAACCUUUCACGGUUCGGACAUCUUACAGGUGUUUAACGGGAUAUUGCCGAACUACGCUGCCAAGAGUAUUCGAGGGUAUUAUUUUUCGUUCAUAUAUGACCUUGAUCCAAAUAGCAAUAACGACCUUGAUGAUUGGCCGCAGUGGAGUAAAGCGCAGCAGCUGAAGCAGUUCUUCGCCAACAGUGCAGGGAAUUUGAAGGACGAUUUUAGGAGUGACUCAUAUGAUUAUAUCCUGAAGAAUGUGGUGAAUUUCCAUAUCUAGGGUGAGAUAGUGUGCAGGUUUUGUACAUAUGCAGAUGUAGGUUGAGAAGGGACCGACACGGUCCGGUAUGAGUAAGGUAUG